UUGGUACGUUCCAUGCAAAUGCACCCGCUCGCGCCACCACUCCUGCGUUCAAACUGGCAACCAAUGGGAAGCGAGAAGGCGGGGUUACGGCGAUGAUUGACAGCGAACUGAGCCUAUCGCGAGGCGUGGCGCCGCGGAGCCGCCGCGGGGAACCGCCGGCCUAUCAGAGGCGAGGAGGCGGGGUUACGGCGAAGAUUGACAGCGCCCGGAGCCAAUCGCGAGGCGCAGCGGCCCGUCCCUCAGCGGCCGCCACAGCCGCCGCUUUCCCCGCCCUCCGGCCGCGGCUCCGGCCCGAGACCCCGGGACCCCCUGAGCCCCCCGGGACCCUCCCGGGACCCUCCCGGCCCCACCAUGGGCUUCCUGAAGCUCAUCGAGAUCGAGAACUUCAAGUCGUACAAGGGCCGCCAGAUCAUCGGGCCCUUCCGCCGCUUCACCGCCAUCAUCGGCCCCAAUGGCUCCGGCAAAUCCAACCUGAUGGACGCCAUCAGCUUCGUGCUGGGCGAGAAGACGAGCAACCUGCGCGUGAAGACGCUGCGGGACCUGAUCCACGGCGCGCCCGUGGGCAAGCCGGCCGCCAGCCGCGCCUUCGUCAGCAUGGUGUACUCGGAGGAGGGCGCCGAGGACCGCACCUUCGCCCGCGUCAUCGUCGGCAGCUCCUCCGAGUACAAGAUCAACAACAGGGUGGUGCAGCUGAGCGAGUACAGCGAGGAGCUGGAGAAGCUGGGGAUCCUCAUCAAGGCCAGGAACUUCCUCGUCUUCCAGGGAGCAGUGGAGUCCAUCGCCAUGAAGAACCCCAAGGAGCGCACGGCGCUCUUUGAGGAGAUCAGCCGCUCGGGCGAGCUGGCCCCCGAGUACGACAAGCGCAAGAAGGAGAUGGUGAAGGCCGAGGAGGACACGCAGUUCAACUACCACCGCAAGAAGAACAUCGCCGCCGAGCGCAAGGAGGCCAAGCAGGAGAAGGAGGAGGCUGACCGGUACCAGCGGCUCAAGGACGAGGUGGUUCGAGCCCAGGUGCAGCUGCAGCUCUUCAAACUCUUCCACAACGAGGCCGAGAUCGAGAAGCUCAACAAGGAGCUGGGCCUGAAGAACCGCGAGAUCGACAAGGACAAGAAGAGGAUGGACAGGGUGGAGGACGAGCUCAAGGACCGCAAGAAGGAGCUGGGCAAGAUGAUGAGGGAGCAGCAGCAGAUCGAGAAGGAGAUCAAGGAGAAGGACGCGGAGCUGAACCAGAAGCGGCCGCAGUACAUCAAGGCCAAGGAGAACACGGCGCACAAGAUCAAGAAGCUGGAGGCGGCGCGCAAGUCGCUGCAGAACGCCCAGAAGCAGUACAAGAAACGCAAGGGCGACAUGGACGAGCUGGAGAAGGAGAUGCUCUCCGUGGAGAAAUCCCGGCAGGAGUUCGAGGAGCGCAUGAGGAGGAGAAGCCAGAGCCAGGGACGGGACCUGACCCUGGAGGAGAACCAGGUGAAGAAGUACCACCGGCUGAAGGAGGAGGCCAGCAAGCGCGCGGCCACGCUGGCCCAGGAGCUCGAGAAGUUCAACCGCGACCAAAAAGCCGACCAGGACCGGCUGGACCUGGAGGAGAGGAAGAAGGUGGAGACCGAGGCCAAGAUCAAGCAGAAGCUGCGGGAGAUCGAGGAGAACCAGAAACGCAUCGAGAAGCUCGAGGAGUACAUCGCCACCAGCAAGCAGUCCCUGGAGGAGCAGAAGCGCCUCGAGGGCGUGGGCUCAGCCCCCCAAAUCCCCUUUUUCACCGUCGGAUCGCGACAGCUCCAGGACAGUCCGACACGCUGCGAUGGGGCCGGCCCGCCGCGCUAG